ACCUCCUCUCCUCCCCUUUCUCUCUCGAAACUUCUUUCCAGUUCCUCUGAAUUCUUCGAAUAUUCCCAUUUACGUACAUAUUGUUUAUUCACAAUUACAAUGUCAAUGGAGCCUGCAGACUACUUUACGGGCGGGUACUUCGGCGGUUCAAGCGAUUUCUCGCCGGAGAAGAGAGUGACGGAGCAGAAAACGACCGAGAAUUUCAUGGUCGACGACCUCCUUGACUUCUCCAAUGAGGAUGCCAUAUUGAGCGACGGCUUCCCCGACAAUGUCGCGGGAAAUUCCACCGACUCCUCCACUGUCACCAGCAACUCCGGAAGCGAAAAGCAUUUCUAUCCCGGAAAUUUCGGUCAAAAUUCUCAGUUCUCCAGCGAACUCUGCGUUCCUUAUGAUGAUUUGGAGCAGCUUGAAUGGCUGUCGAAUUUCGUGGAAGAUUCGUUCUCGACCGGCCAGAAUUUGCAGAGCAACCUCCACAUUUUUUCCGGGUCAAAAUCACCGACACCCGACUCGUCUUCUUCCUCAAGCCAGGCUGAGUACGGAGCCCGUAGCCCCGCCAUUUUCCAACGGGAGACGCCAGGCAAAGCUCGGUCCAAACGUUCACGCGCCGCCCCGGGCAACUGGAGUACGCACCUACUCCACCUCACCCCAAAAGCGGCGGCGGAUCAACCCAAAAAGCGGGACAACCAGACCGAGUCCACGGGUCGGAAAUGCCUACAUUGCGCGGCGGAGAAGACCCCGCAAUGGCGGACCGGUCCCAUGGGUCCAAAAACACUGUGUAAUGCGUGCGGGGUUCGGUACAAGUCGGGUCGGUUAGUACCGGAGUACCGACCGGCUGCCAGUCCGACUUUCGUGUCGACGAAGCAUUCAAAUUCUCACCGGAAAGUUUUGGAGCUGAGAAGGCAGACGGAAUUACAGAGAGCCCAGCAGCAACAAUUCCUUGGUCAAAAUUCUAUUUUCGGCGUAUCCAACGGUGGUGAUGAUUUCUUGAUUCAUCAACAUUGUGGGACCAACUUUAUGCACAUGAUUUAGGGGAAUAUUGCACUUAAUCUUGUUCUAAUUGUUUUUUUCCUUUUUUUUACCAAAACCUUGUUUUAAUUUUUUGUCUUAAAAAUUUGAAAUUGUAGUUUUAUUUUGGUCCCAAAAAUUUGUAGAAUUAAUUAAGCUAAAUACC